AUAGUUGAGCGAAAUCCCUGGCACAUGUUUAUUUUCCAGUUGUUUUAUAAAUAGACAAAGCCUGGAUAAUUAUGGACACUUGUUUUCCCGGCUAGACGAGAAAAUUGCUCAUUUUGUCCGGGCACGAAGUUGUUUUUUAUUUGUAGUGUGUUGUGUAGUACUCAUUGCGCAUUCGAAAUUGUUAAAAAAAUCGCUCAGAACCAAUGGAACAUCAAAAUUUUGUUCUCAAAUGGCACUAUCACGGCAGCACUUUGGCUUACAAUUUGCCUCGUUUUUUAGACGCUGAAAUUUUAACAGACGCCACAUUGUCCGCAGAAGGGAAAAGCAUCAAGGUCCACAAACUUAUUCUAGCAUCGUGUAGCACUUACUUUCUGCAGUUAUUUCAGAAUACUCCAACAAAUCAACAACCGAUAGUGGUUCUUCAUAACAUAAGAUAUGACGAUCUAAAGGCCAUUAUAUCGUACAUUUACUAUGGUCAAUGCUUGGUAACAAGUGCCCAAAUACCCAGGCUGUUAUCAGUAGCGGAAUUCCUCAAAAUACAAGGAUUAAGUGAUCUAAAGUUUCCAGAUUAUUACAAUCUGUACUCAAACGAACAGGUGGCAUUCGAAGGUAACAAUAAUUUCAAAAGCAGUAGCGACAAUCCUAUAGAAGGCUGUGAUCUAACGAAAUGUAAAAAUAAUAAGGUUUAUCCAGAAUGGACAGAAGGAGAAGAUGAUAGUAGAGAUAUUGUAAAACCUGAAACAAUUUCACCCACUGUACAUCCAGGAAUUGACGAACCUUUGAAGAAAGAUAUUACAGCUGAUUUUAAACAGAACGUGUCUUUCAAACCGGAAAUGAAACCAACAUGUACCAUCAAUCAGCCACAAAAAAAAUUAACAAAGGAAUUGAUUUACAAGUGUGAUUUCUGUGGGAAAAUUUUAAGCAAUCAGUACAACUUAAAAGUUCAUCUUGAAACUCAUCAGGAAGGAUAUCAUGCUUGUCAUUCGUGUUCCCAUGUAUCCCGUAGCCGAGAUGCUCUAAGAAAACACGUUUCUUAUAGACAUCCUCAGAAUUUUGCAAUUAAAAAGAAAAGGAAAAUGGAAAAUUAAACACAUCCUAGCCCAUAACAAAAUACUCAUAAAAGUGGCAUAGGACUUUUUUCUUUGGAAUUAUGUACUUAAUACAAAAAACUAUUCAAACAAAAUUCGUUCAGAACAGUUGCUAGAAUUUCCUAAAUAUAUUUGUAAAAUCAAUUUAAUUUAUUUUGUUUGUUGAGAAAAUUGGUAUAGUACUUAUUUAUUAAUUGUUUUAAUAACACUGUUAAUGCAGUUAUUACGAUACGUUGUUUUUUAUUGAUAACAAAUAUGUAGUUUAUGUAUAUAGAAAUAUUGUACGUAUUGUUUUAAAAAUAUUUCUAUGUCACUGUGGUCUAGAAUUUUAACAAUAUUUAAAGAUUGUGAUGAAAAUGAGUACAAAUGCUUCUCAUUUAUUUUUAAUGCUAAAGGGAAGUUUAAACAUAUUAUACAUGUAGUCAUUAUUAUUUCAGGUUAAAUAGUUCCUUUGAAGUUGAAUAUUUACUAUUUAUUUCUUAAUUGUUUAUAACAAAAGUUACUAUAUUCGUAGUUUUCAGUAUUCUUCGUUGAAGUAUUG